UAGAAUGCUGGAACCAAGCAAAAAAUUAGCGAACCGAGCUACGAAGGCGGCUUCGACAUCCCGCUUCGACGUCCUGCCUCGAGCUCGCAACACCCUCCGCCCAUCCCCAUCCCACCCCGCGGCCAUGCUGCGACCCAGAUUACGGAUCCCGCGGCCGGGUCGGCUAUGGCGCCCGGCGCCUGCCUCCCGCUCCUUACACCAGGUCCCGGUCCUCGGGCAUAUCGACGCGAAGCUGGGGGUUCCUGGGCUGCUAUCUCCAGGAGGCUUCGACAUGGCCUGGACCCAGUACAUGCAAUUCGUCUUGGAGAGGUUGAAUGCUCUGAUCGCCGGCACCGAACUCGCGUCGCAGGAGACGUUAACCAUCAUCAAGUCGACCGCCCGCGAGCCUUCAAAAGCCGCCAUCUUCAACUAUGCCUCUAUGGCGCACAACAAUGCCAUGUUCUUCGAGAACAUCGUGGGUCUACAAGUGACGGAGGCUGGGGAGAUUCGCGAUGUUCCCGAUGAGCAGCGGAUCCCCCACCGCCUGCUGCGGGAGCUGACGAUGCAAUUCAGCUCGAUCGAGACACUCCGCCAAGAGUUCCUCGUCACGGCGCUGGCCAUGUUCGGCCCGGGCUUCGUGUGGCUGGUGAAAAACGGCCAGUCGUCGGACCUACGUAUCUUGGUGACCUAUCUGGCCGGGACACCGUACACGGCAGCGCACUGGCGUCGCCAGGGAGUCGACAUGAACACUCAAGGCACCAACUCUCCAGACACCGUCACGGCCUGGUUAGAGCGCACGAAGACGGGAGCCGGCGCGGACAACGGCGCGAAGUUCGUGACGUCAAGUGAGGUGGCGCCGGGCGGGACGGACGUCAUCCCUCUCCUAUGCUUGAAUACGUGGGAGCACGUGUGGCUGCGUGACUACGGAAUCGGGGCCGGCGACCGCGGAGGCAAGAGACAGUACGUCGAAAACUGGUGGCGAUGUAUCAACUGGGAAAACGUCGAGUCGCUAGCGAAUCUUGGGAGGCCGACUUUCAGAACCUGAUCGGGGGCGGUCUCGGGUGCCUGGACGACGGGCUGGCGUAUGAAGUAGCCCAAAAACCGCACUCGGCGAUCUCUCCGAGUAGGUCGCCCUUGUGCCCUCCCAGGUGUACAGAGAUCAAAAAAAAAAAAAAACACCGCAACCUGCCAUAUAUGAGA